UUGAGUCACCUAGUAAUUUGAAAGUGAAAGUAAAAAGUACAUAUGGUGCUGCCAUUUUGAAACAACUGCGCCAUGAAGGAUAACAAUCUGGCUUUCUGUGAAAUAUGCUGAGCAACAGUAAACUGCCUUGGAUUUUCAUCCGCCGUCAUUACUGAGAAGGAGCCGAUGGAAAACGGCUCUGGGGAGAGCGAAGAAAAUAUGAAUGAAGACCGUGUAAAACAGGAGAGGGUGGGUUCACCGUGUCUAUCCAUGAAGAGUGAUUGGACCAUGGACAGGCCCAUUAUGUUUGGAAAAGAUGCCAGUAGUAAUCAGGAGAGGGUGGGGUCUCCGUGUCUGUCCAUGAAGAGUGAUUGGUCCAUGGACAGGCCCAUUAUGUUUGGAAAAGAUGCCAGUAGUAAUCAGGAGAGGGUGGGGUCUCCGUGUCUGUCCAUGAAGAGUGAUUGGUCCAUGGACAGGCCCAUUAUGUUUGGAAAAGAUACCAGUAGUAAUCAGGAGAGGGUGGGGUCUCCGUGUCUGUCCAUGAAGAGUGAUUGGUCCAUGGACAGGCCCAUUAUGUUUGGAAAAGAUACCAGUAGUAAUCAGGAGAGGUUGGGGUCUCCGUGUCUGUCCAUGAAGAGUGAUUGGUCCAUGGACAGGCCCAUUAUGUUUGGAAAAGAUACCAGUAGUAAUCAGGAGAGGUUGGGGUCUCCGUGUCUGUCCAUGAAGAGUGAUUGGUCCAUGGACAGGCCCAUUAUGUUUGGAAAAGAUACCAGUGGUAAUCAGGAGAGGGUGGGUUCACCGUGUCUGUCCAUGAAGAGUGAUUGGUCCAUGGACAGGCCCAUUAUGUUUGGAAAAGAUGCCAGUGAGCUGACAGCCAGUCUACUGACAGAGGACCACUUCAGAUGUUCAGUGUGUACAGAGGUUCUCAAAGAGCCAGUCUCCAUCCCCUGUGGACACAGUUACUGCAGACGUUGCAUUGAGACCUUCUGGAACCAGACAGACUACUACUGCCCCCAGUGCAGAAAGAGAUUCAGAACCCGUCCUGACCUCCUCACUAACUCAGCCUUGGAGAAAGUGAUUGAGAAACUCCACCAGGCAGGGUUCAAGGUCCCUGCUCUUCCCAAGCACUGCUACGCUGGACCUGGAGAUGUGGCCUGUGAUUUCUGCACUGAGAAACAGCUCAAAGCUGUGAAGUCCUGUCUGACCUGCACUGCCUCCUACUGUGAGAGUCAUGUCAGACAUCACUACACCGUAGCAGCUCUACAGAGACACACCCUGGUGGAGGUGUCUGGAAACCUGGAGCAGAAACUGUGCCAGCUGCACCACAGAGCUCUGGAGGUCUUCUGUAAGACAGACCAUGUUUCUGUUUGUCUGGUGUGUGCCUUGCAGGACCACAGAAACCAUGAUGUCAUAAAGAAUGAGAGAGAUACAAAAGAGACAAAAAUCACAAAUCAAGACCAACAGGCUGCAUUAAGAUCGGAAACAAAAUUGCAGAGAGAUCUCCAACAAAAGAAGACGGAACUAACCAACAUAAUCCAACUGGAACAGACUUUAGAGAAAGCUACCUGGGAACUGACGUAUCAUACAAAACAUUUCUACAGAGGCUUUGGCGAUGUUCUUACCAAAGACUGGACAGCAGACAGUGUUGUGGUGGCUGCCCUCGGUCGUCCCUUAGAUCUUGGGAUGUUGUAUGACUGCCGCAAUGAAUCAUUUUGUUCAGAUGUUUUUUUGUGGAACAACAACACCAUUGCUUCAAUGCAGCUGUCCCUCCCUCGGACUCACACAGAGGUGAAGUGUAUUGAAGGAGACUCCUUACAGGACAGAUUCAGGGCUCUGGAUGUGACCGCUCCUCUCAGAGCCAGUGUCCUGUCUGGACUGGUGGAGGUUGGUGGUGCUGCUGGAUACCUGAACCAUCCUGUUCAGUCCACACUGCAGGACCGGGUCACUCUACAGUACAGAACCACUACCAGACUGGACAUGCUCAGUCACAGGGUGCUUCAGGAGGAGACAGUCAGAACACAACGAAAGGCAACUCAUGUGGUCAUGGCUGUUCUCUAUGGAGCUCAAGCAUUCUUUAUCUUUGACAGCAAACACAUCAACAGACAAAUUAAUGUAAGACGAGAGAAAACCAAGAUGCUAGAUGUGAUUAAGAAGAUGUUCAACACCUUCAAUUCAGAAGAUAUAUUCUCAAGUUUGACAGACUCCGAGAAAGUAAACAGUUUGUUGUAUCAAUGCACCUUACACAGUGACGUAGACCCGACAACCACAAUGGAUUAUGACACAGCAGUAGAGGUGUACCAGUCCCUGCCAAAGCAUCUGGGGCAGCGAGGAGAGAAAGCAGUGCCUGUUCGUGUCUGGCUGUACCCUCUGAAGAAUCUGGACCAUGCAGCGGCUUGUGUUAAAUUUGCGAUCAGUGAAGACCUGCUGCUCAGAGCUGAGAAUGUUCUGGAACACCUGAGACGGGUCACAAUGAGGUGCCAGGACACGAUGUCAGACCACACCAAUGCCUAUGUGAUGAAAUGGUUCCCUUAUGCUAAGGACAAACUGACACAGUUUUCACAGUUACUGUCAGAGUAUCAGGUGGAGUUUCAGAAAAUACUGGCCAAAGCCACAGAGUUCAUUAGAGAAAAUGGUGAAUCAGGUUUGUUGUGGUUCAGAGAGAUUCUGAAGAAACACGAUCAGUCACCGUUCACUCCUCAGGCUUUAGACCACUGGCUUCACAAUAAGGAAGCUGAGGUGAAUGCUGUUAACAUCUGCAAAACCAAGAACCUCCCCAUAGUGAAAUCUGAGAAGGAGCUGGAGACAGUCCUUCUAGAUUCACAGACAGACAGGGUACUGUGUUUCACUCUGACCUCCCUGGAGGAUGAAGAUCCAUUCCUCUCCACCAUGGAGCAGCACAAACACUCUGUUCUAAUGAACACUGUGAACCAGUCUGAUCUCACUGUACAGCAGCACAAACACUCUGUACAAGACAACACCGUGAACCAAUCUGGGAUCACUGACCUGCAGGAGACACAGGUCAGUCAGAAAAUACAAUCAGACCUCCGCUUGUUCACCAAAUCCUAUGAAGUCAGAAGAGAUGGAGAGAACAUCAAGUUCAUAGCAGCAGUUAUACCAGAUAUCAGUGUUCCUGGAUCCUCCAUUCGUCUGUAUCAACAAGGCAGUCUCAUCACCACCAACUUCCAGCUGGGAUUAAAACCUGAUCCAGUCCAGGUAGCAGAGAUAAAACAGAGCUGUGUCCUCCUGCAGUUUCCACAGUCAACCAUCAGAAGACCUGAGAGGUACAGAGUAGAGUACAGAGUCAUGACUACUGGUGUUCGCAAGGUUAGCAAACGACCAUGGAAUGUAGUAGGCUGUAGUAGUAGAUGUAGUACCCUGGCUCCUGCAGAAACCUGUCUGGUGCCAGGUCUGAAACCGUUCACACUGUACCAGAUCAGGUACUCUGUUAUAGAACACUCUGGUAUGAGUGACUUUAGCAAGGUCAUUGAGGUCAAGACCCUGAGAUCCCCGCCUGAACAUCUGUAUGUGAAUCGUCUAGACAAGGAAACCGUCAAAGUGACUUGGUUCCAGCCAGAGUGUGAAGAUGGUGCCUCUGUACUCCACUACAAAGUAGACUAUAAAGAGACAGGACUGGAGGGCUGGUCCACCAUGGUAACAGAGGGACCUGAAUGUUACUGUGAUGUAACUCUGAACCUCAGUACCUGCUACAGAGUCAGAGUGUCAGCUGUCUAUGGAGAAGGAGACACCAGUGAAACCAUCAGAGAGACAGAUGUCCCUGUAAAUGUCUGGUCCAUAGACCUCUCAGAGAGAAAGGCUUCCCUCCUCCUAAAAGUGCUGAAACUCCAACCAGAGAAGAAACCAGUAGAGCUGAAGGGCUGGUCAGACGAAGAGAGUGAAGUGAGGAGUUUCCUUCAGUGUCUGCCCUACAUCUCACAGCUGAGUUUUACUCCACCACAGGAUCAGAGAAGAUCCCCUGAAGAGAGGACAAAGAGAGAGAGGACAUUCCUACUGAACCUGUGCCUUCAAGCAGCUCUCCAUGAGAGAGAAACCAUACAAACAACUGUAGAGAAAGUGUUGUCACUGUCUAAAGUAAAUCACAACCAGAAAUGUGAUUUCCUGCUGGAUCUGUUCUCACAUGUGAAGGGCUAUGAGACUCAAACAGGCAGGAGGGUCCUUCCAGCAUUACAGACAGUUUACCAGUCAGCCAGUCCUGCUAUCUGGUCCAUAGUCCUCUCAGAGAGAAAGGCCUCCCUCCUCCUAGAAGUGCUGAAACUCCAACCAGAGAAGAAACCAGUAGAGCUGAAGGGCUGGUCAGAUGAAGAGAGUGAAGUGAGGAGUUUCCUUCAGUGUCUGCCCUACAUCUCACAGCUGAGUUUCUGUCCACGGAGGUCUGAUUCCUCAAAGCUGAUCAAGUUCCUGGUGGAUCUCCUGUCUCAAGCAGCAGAGUGGGAGGAGCAGACAGGAGAGAAGACACUGAAGCUGGUAUCAUCAGUGUGUACUUACAGCACCUUUCCUUAUCGCCAUGGAGACAAUUCUGAACAGAGUGAUUUCCUGCUGGAUCUGUACUCACAUGUGAGGGACUAUGAGACUCAAACAGGCAGGAGUGUCCUUCCAGCAUUACAGGCAGUUUACCAGUCAGCCAGGCCUGCAGUCUGGUCCAUAGACCUCAGAAAGAGAAAGGCCUCCCUCCUCCUAGAAGUGCUGAAACUCCAACCAGAGAAGAAACCAGUAGAGCUUAAGAGCUGGUCAGAUGAAGAGAGUGAAGUGAGGAGUUUCCUUCAGUGUCUGCCCUACAUCUCACAGCUGAGUUUCUGUCCAUGGAGGUCUGUUCCCUCAAAGCAGAUCAAGUUCCUGGUGGAUCUCCUGUCUCAAGCAGCAGAGUGGGAGGAGCAGACAGGAGAGAAGACACUGAAGCUGGUAUCAUCAGUGUGGACUUACAGCACCUUUCCUUUUCCCUAUGGAGACAGUUCUGAACAGAGUGAUUUCCUGAUUGAUCUGUUCUCACAUGUGAAGGACUAUGAGACUCAAACAGGCAGGAGUUUCCUUCCAGCAUUACAGCCAGUUUACCAGUCAGCUCCUGCAGUCUGGUCCAUAGACCUCUCAGAGAGAAAGGCCUCCCUCCUCCUAGAAGUGCUGAAACUCCAACCAGAGAAGAAACCAGUAGAGCUGAUGGGUUGGUCAGAAGAAGAGAGUGUAGUGAGGAGUUUCCUUCAGUGUCUGCCCUACAUCUCACAGCUGAAAUUUCCUCUACUGAAGGAUAAUAUAGAGACAAGAAAGAGAGAGAAGACAUUCCUACUGAAUCUGUGUCUUCAAGCAGUUAUCCAUGAGAGAGGAACCAUACAAACAACUGUUCAGAAAAUGUUGUCACUGUCUAAAGUAUAUCGCUUUCAGAAAUGUGAUUUCCUGCUGGAUCUGUACUCACAUGUGAAGGGCUAUGAGACUCAAACAGGCAGGAGUGUCCUUCCAGCAUCACAGCCAGUUUACCUGUCAUCUCCUGCAGUCUGGUCCAUAGACCUCUCAGAGAGAAAGGCCUACCUCCUCCUAGAAGUGCUGAAACUCCGACCAGAGAAGAAACCAGUAGAGCUGAAGGGCUGGUCAGAUGAAGAGAGUGAAGUGAGGAGUUUCCUUCAGUGUCUGCCCUACAUCUCCCAGCUGUGUUUCCAUCCAUGGAGGUCUGAUCCCUCAAAGCAGAUCAAGUUCCUGGUGGAUCUCCUGUCUCAAGCAGCAGAGUGGGAGGAGCAGACAGGAGAGAAGACACUGAAGCUGGUAUCAUCAGUGUGGACUUACAGAACCUUUCCUUUUCUCAAUGGAGACAAUUCUCAACAGAGUAAUUUCCUGCUGGAUCUGUACUCACAUGUGAGGGACUAUGAGACUCAAACAGGCAGGAGUUUCCUUCCAGCAUUACAGCCAGUUUUCCAGUCAGCUCCUGCAGUCUGGUCCAUAGACCUCUCAGAGAGAAAGGCCUCUCUCCUCCUAAAAGUGCUGAAACUCCAACCAGAGAAGAAACCAGUAGAGCUGAAGGGCUGGUCAGAUGAAGAGAGUGAAGUGAGGAGUUUCCUUCAGUGUCUGCCCUACAUCUCAAAGCUGUGUUUUACUCCACCACAGGGUCAGAGAAGAUCCCCUGAAGAGAGGACAAAGAGAGAGAGGACAUUCCUACUGAAUCUGUGUCUUCAAGCAGCUCUCCAUGAGAGAGGAACCAUACAAACAACUGUAGAGAAAGUGUUGUCACUGUCUGAAGUAUAUCACAAUCAGAAAUGUGAUUUUCUGCUGGAUCUGUUCUCACAUGUGAAGGACUAUGAGACUCAAACAGGCAGGAGGGUCCUUCCAGCAUUACAGACAGUUUACCAGUCAGCCAGUCCUGCAGUCUGGUCCAUAGACCUCUCAGAGAGAAAGGCCUCCUUCCUCCUAGAAGUUCUGAAACUCCAACCAGGGAAGAAACCAGUAGAGCUGAAGGACUGGUCAGACGAAGAGAGUGAAGUGAGGAGUUUCCUUCAGUGUCUGCCCUACAUCUCACAGCUGAGUUUUACUCCUCCACAGGAUCAGAGAAGAUCCCCUGAAGAGAGGACAAAGAGAGAGAGGACAUUCCUACUGAAUCUGUGUCUUCAAGCAGCUCUCCAUGAGAGAGGAACCAUACAAACAACUGUAGAGAAAGUGGUGUCACUGUCUAAAGUAUAUCACAACCGGAAAGAUGAUUUCCUGUUGGAUCUGUGCUCACAUGUGAAGGACUAUGAGACUCAAACAGGCAGGAGUGUCCUUCCAGCAUUACAGCCAGUUUACCAGUCAGCUCCUGCAGUCUGGUCCAUAGACCUCUCAGAGAGAAAGGCCUCCCUCCUCCUAGAAGUGCUGAAACUCCAACCAGAGAAGAAACCAGUAGAGCUGAAGGACUGGUCAGACGAAGAGAGUGAAGUGAGGAGUUUCCUUCAGUGUCUGCCCUACAUCUCACAGCUGAGUUUCUGUCCACGGAGGUCUGAUUCCUCAAAGCUGAUCAAGUUCCUGGUGGAUCUCCUGUCUCAAGCAGCAGAGUGGGAGGAGCAGACAGGAGAGAAGACACUGAAGCUGGUAUCAUCAGUGUGUACUUACAGCACCUUUCCUUAUCGCCAUGGAGACAAUUCUGAACAGAGUGAUUUCCUGCUGGAUCUGUACUCACAUGUGAAGGACUCUGAGACUCAAACAGGCAGGAGGGUCCUUCCAGCAUUACAGGCAGUUUACCAGUCAGCUCCUGCAGUCUGGUCCAUAGACCUCUCAGAGAGAAAGGCCUCCCUCCUCCUAGAAGUGCUGAAACUCCAACCAGAGAAGAAACCAGUAAAGCUGAAGGGCUGGUCAGAAGAAGAGAGUGAAGUGAGGAGUUUCCUUCAGUGUCUUCCCUACAUCUCACAGCUGAGGUUGUGUGUUGAUUAUGGUGAAGAGAAGGCCUGGACAUUUCUGUCUAAACUCAGUGUUGCUGCAGCUGAGUUUGAUACAGAGACAGGAGAGAAUAUCUUAAAGACAUUAUCCUCCAUGUGCAGAUACACAGAUGGUGAAGAUGAUGGUGAUGAUCCAUUUAGAGAGAGUAAUUUCCUGCUGGAUCUGUACUCACAUGUGAAGGACUAUGAGACUCAAACAGGCAGGAGGGUCCUUCCAGCAUUACAGCCUUUUUACCAGUCAGCUCCUGCAGUCUGGUCCAUAGACCUCUCAGAGAGAAAGGCCUCCCUCCUCUUAGAAGUGCUGAAACUCCAACCAGAGAAGAAACCAGUAGAGCUGAAGGGCUGGUCAGAUGAAGAGAGUGAAGUGAGGAGUUUCCUUCAGUGUCUGUCCUACAUCUCACAGCUGAGCUGUGGUGAUGACAGGUUCUUCCAGACUGUGUGUGAAUCCAUCCCUGUGAGGUCCAGAGAGGAGGACCAGCAGUUGGCCUCUCUCCUCCAGGCCUUGGGCUCCACCCUGUCACUGGGAGGAGUGUUACCCAGGAAAACCUGCAGGUCUGUGGGGAGAGUCCUGGGUCUCUGUGCCUCCAGAGUGGACCUCACUCUCACCCCCAGCAAGAUCUCUCUCCAAGGAGCCGCACUUCUUUUGAGACAUGAGUCAAAGCUCCACAAGCUCAGGCUGAGUGUGGGUAUGGCAGUGAAACUGUCCAGACUGGUUAGGAGGACAGGGAGAGGUGCUACUCCACUGUCUGUCCCAGAACUCUCACUGGUCCUAAAGAGCAGCCAGCCACCAGAGAGAGUGUUAUCCAGGGCUCUGAGUAGUGUGGCGUCCCUGCUGAGACUCUGGAGAGUUCAGUGUCUGGACCUGACUGACUUCUGCAUCCAGGGUCACUCUCUCAUCACACUGCUGUGUCACCAAGGACCUCUCUCUCUUAGACUGAAUUCAGACACUCUGCAGCAGCUGGCUGUAGUUGUCUAUGAAGCUCAGGACAAGGACUUGACUCAGUGGUUCCUGGAGAAGGUUGGUGGAGACCUGACCUCCUGCAGGCUGGACUGGGAAGUGCUUCUCUCUCUGCUGCAGCAUUCAACCCACAACAUCACUGUGGACCUCAGGAAGAACCGGCUCCUAGAGAAGAACAGCUCAGAUCUUCUCCCCUUUCUGGGAAGGGUUACUCUCAAGAGGUCCAGUUCCAGCUUUGUAAAGUCCUCCAUCAGACAGAUCUAUGACAGCAGAGACAGUGACUGUGUGUCCAGUUUGUUGAGGUCUUCAGACCAUUGGAUCAACCUGAACAGCAGAGAGCUGGACAGAGUGGACUGUACCGCUCUGUGUUUUACCCUGCAGCACAGCCACCAAGUCAAAGUCAACCUGCUGUGGACCUCCAUACCACCGGGGGAGAUAGAGAGCAUCCUGCCUCUUCUGGACAGAGUCUCCCAACUCAGUGUUGACAGGAGGUUACUGCUGAGUUUCCUCCAGUGCUGUGCUGCCUCUCAGAUCCAGCAGGGGGCACCAUCAUCACCACCAACAGCAGUAUGGCUGCUCAGGUCUCUGCACUACAGACUGGACUUGUCCUGCUCCUCCUCUGUGGACCUGUCAGCUCAGGACCAGGAGAAGGCUCUGUGUCUGACCACUGACCAUUGCAGGGCCAUCAACUCUGUUCUGAAGCAGAACCAACACGGCACCCAGCUGGUUCAGAACCAGGUCCAGCUCAUCCUAAGAGACUGUGAGGUGGAGGACAGAGCACUGAGGGAGCUGCUUCCCAUCCUGAAUAUUGUCAAGCUGAGCACCAGCAAAGCUCUGCUACUUCAGCUGCUGGACCUUGUGUGUGAGGGGAUUGAAGAGGGGCUGCUGAGGCACGCAGAGUCCCUAUGCAGAGCCCUGGAUGGGGAGCUGGACCUCAGUGAGACCAGGCUGGACCUGAAGGCCUGUGGAUCUCUGGCCCUGGUUCUGGAACACUCAGAGGGUCUGUCAGAACUGGACCUCAGCCACUGUCAACUCACAGACCACCAGCUACAGCCCCUGAUCACACACCUUCAUAAAGUACAAGUCCUGGACCUGAGCCACAAUGACAUCACUGAUGCUCUGACUGACAGAAUACUCCAACUGGUCUCUACCAACACUUCAAUACACACCGUACGACUCUUCAACAACAGAAUCCAGGACAGAAGACCCUUCCUGACAGACAAGAGGUUUGAGAUCUGGUGAAACAACAGCAGGUCUUAGUCCAGGAAGAGAAGGCUGAAUCCAGGACAGAAGAUCCUUCCUGACAGACAAGAGGUUUGACAUCUGGUGAAACAACAGCAGGUCUUAGUCCAGGAAGAGAAGGCUGAAUCCAGGACAGAAGAUCCUUCCUGACAGACAAGAGGUUUGACAUCUGGUGAAGAUAAUUUAUAAUAACAGGAUAAUGUGUUCAAUGUAGAAGGCUGGUUCAAAAUCACACUGAUUGAUCUGAACAUUUGUCUUACUGUAUAUUCUGGUGGACACAGUGGUGUGACGUACUUAAGUAAAAAUACUACUUAUGUAUCACAACCGGGCUUGAUUGGGAGUCCGCGAACAUUUGGUACUAAAAAAAAAACAAAAGUACUACUUAUGCCGUUUUUUGGGGUAUCUGUACUUUACUAUUUAUAUUUUUGACUACUUUUACUUCACUACAUUCCUAAUGAAAAUAAUGUACAGUUUACUCCAUCCAUUUUCCCUGACACCCAAAAGUAUUUAGAAUACUUAGCAGGACAGGAAUAUGCUCCAAUUCACGCUCUUAUCAAGUGAACAUCCCUGGUCAUCUCCACUUCCUCUGAUCUGAUGGACUCUCGAAACAAACUCAGUUUGUAAAUGAUGUCUGAGUGAAGGAGUCCCCUGGGCUUUCCGUAAAUGUAAAAGACAAGAAAAUUGUGCCUUCUGGGAAAUAAUAUAAUUAAUAUAAUUUGAAAGGAUUUAUUCUAUAUUCUGUAUUUUAUUUUAAAGCAAAUACUUUUUGACCUUUACUUUACCUUUACCUUUACUUUUUUUUAUCUUUUCCUGGGUCAUUUUCUAUUACGGUAUCUUUUUCCUGGGUCAUUUUCUAUUACGGUAUCUUUUUCCUGGGUCAUUUUCUAUUACGGUAUCUUUUUCCUGGGUCAUUUUCUAUUACGGUAUCUUUUUCCUGGGUCAUUUUCUAUUACGGUAUCUUUUCCUGGGUCAUUUUCUAUUACGGUAUCUUUUCCUGGGUCAUUUUCUAUUACGGUAUCUUUUUCCUGGGUCAUUUUCUAUUACGGUAUCUUUUUCCUGGGUCAUUUUCUAUUACGGUAUCUUUUUCCUGGGUCAUUUUCUAUUACGGUAUCUUUUCCUGGGUCAUUUUCUAUUACGGUAUCUUUUCCUGGGUCAUUUUCUAUUACGGUAUCUUUUUCCUGGGUCAUUUUCUAUUACGGUAUCUUUUCCUGGGUCAUUUUCUAUUACGGUAUCUUUACUUUUACUUGAGAAUUGUGUACUUUUUCCACCACUGCUUAAAUGGAAUCAUAAAAGUAGUUGACUCCUGAAUGUGUGAGGGAUAAGAACAUGUUGUUUUAUUUACCAGUUUGUGUGUAAAUACUUUAAAUAUUCAUACAUUAUUUUGUUUCUUUUAAUAAAUGAUUGGAA